UCCGCCACCGCCCACAAGUUCUUUUUAUUUUUUUGUCUUCUUUUGAAAAGCAAUUCAACCCCCCUUGCUCCUCCCUUUUAUAAUCCCCCGAUACAUUCCGACUUGGAUUUGACGAAGCGUGAGCGAUCUUCAAUUUUUGCAGAAUUCUCUCACCUGCGUCGAAGACUCGCCGCCAUUUGGAGACCGUCGGAAGGUCAGAUCUCCCAGCAGGAUGGGGCUGCUCGUGAAGAAAUCUGAUCUCAAGAUCGUCGAAGGCGAUAUGGGUUAUAUUCUUGAAGAUGUUCCUCACUUCACGGAUUAUCUCCCUGAUUUGCCCACCUAUCCAAAUCCGCUGCAAGACAAUCCAGCUUAUUCAGUUGUCAAGCAGUAUUUUGUUGAUGUGGAUGAUACUGUUCCCCAAAAGAUUGUGGUUCAGAAAGACAGUCCAAGAGGGCUCCAUUUUCGACGUGCUGGGCCACGCCAGAAGGUGUACUUUGAGUCAGAUGAUGUGCUUGCAUGCAUUGUAACUUGUGGAGGCCUUUGCCCUGGGCUUAACACAGUAAUCAGAGAGAUAGUAUGCGGUUUGUCUGACAUGUAUGGUGUCAACAGAGUCCUUGGGAUAGAGGGUGGGUACAGGGGUUUCUAUGCCCGCAAUACCAUCCCUUUGACACCAAAGUUUGUCAAUGAUAUCCACAAGCGAGGGGGAACCAUACUUGGCACAUCACGAGGGGGUCAUGAUACUAUGAAGAUAGUUGACAAUAUUGCGGAUCGCGGGAUUAAUCAGGUCUAUAUUAUAGGAGGAGAUGGAACCCAAAGAGGAGCUUCUGUUAUUUUUGAGGAAAUUCAAAGACGUGGCCUCAAAGUUGCUGUUGUUGGAAUUCCUAAGACAAUAGAUAAUGACAUUGCGGUUAUCGACAAGUCCUUUGGUUUUGAUACUGCUGUUGAAGAGGCUCAGCGUGCCAUUAAUGCAGCACAUGUAGAAGCUGAAAGCAUUGAGAAUGGUAUAGGCCUUGUGAAGCUAAUGGGUCGCUAUAGUGGGUUCAUCGCAAUGUAUGCUACCCUUGCAAGCCGAGAUGUGGAUUGUUGCUUAAUUCCAGAAUCACCCUUCUAUCUAGAGGGAAAAGGUGGACUUUUUGAAUAUAUAGAAAAACGGCUUAAAGAGAAUGGGCACAUGGUUAUUGUUGUUGCUGAGGGGGCAGGACAAGAUCUUAUCGCUGAAAGUCCGCAGUCCUUUCACCAUGCAGAUGCUUCUGGAAACAAGCUGCUUCAUGAUGUUGGGCUAUGGCUAUCUCAGAAGAUAAAGGAUCACUUCACAAGAAAACAAAAGAUGGCGAUAAAUCUUAAAUAUAUAGAUCCAACAUACAUGAUUCGUGCAAUUCCAAGCAAUGCAUCUGACAAUGUCGCCUGCACGCUUUUGGCACAAUGUGCUGUUCAUGGUGCAAUGGCUGGAUAUACAGGUUUCACAGUGGGGCUAGUUAAUGGCAGACAUACUUACAUACCAUUUCAUAGGCUGACCAAAACAAACAAGGUUGUGAUAACUGACAGAAUGUGGGCAAGGCUUCUGUCUUCUACCAACCAACCAAGCUUUUUGAGUGCCAAAGACAUCGAAGAAGCUAAAAAGGUGGAGCAGCAGCCAACUCAGUUAUUGGAUGAGCAGAAGAGCCUGGAUGAUGGUUGCCAUGAGGUGGGCUCUGAUCUAAAAACAUGGAAAUAAGAGCUGAAAUGUGAUGCGUUAUAGCUGAGUGCCGGCAAUUACUGAGUUUCAUCCUUCCAAUUGUCUGCUGCGGUGGCAGAUGAAUUGUUCUUCGUAGGGCCACCGAAAUUGCAGCUUAAAACAUUUGGUGCAAGCAUACUUGUUUAGCAUAAUGGAGAUAUCUUUUGUUUCUGGCUUCUUUUUGAUCCGCCAAAUUAAUACACAAAUUGGCGCAUCUGUUAUGAUUUAUUGUUUCUUUAUCUCCCUGUUGCUAUUUCUUAGUGGUAUGGCUGCUGAUAAUUCAGAUCGUAUGAAGGAUAUUAAUGCUAUGAAGGGGAUUAGAGUUAAAAAAAAGUUUUAGAUUUCUAUCAA